UUUCAUAAUCUUAUAAGAUUAAUAAUUAUAAAUAAAUCAAAAUUUACAAUUAUAUAAAAACAUUCUUUUUUAUAUAAUAAAUAUCAUAAGAUAAAGAAAAAGUAAACUCAUCAAAUCAAUAGAAACUAAACUUAUAUAUAACAGAAACCAGAUUUUUAUUUCCUUCAAAAUCUCCACUGAUAAGUUUACUUUUAUUUUGAAAUAUAAAAUAUCUAUUAUUAUUAGACUAUUAGUUCUUCACCGCCUUAUGCAAAUAUAAAAACAUAUCUCACACCAUCUAUUCUUAAUCUCUCUCUCUCAUACAUCUCUAAACCUAUCUAGGUAACGAUCUUAAAUUAGGGUUUACUCAUGUCUAGACAAAAGGUUACGCCUAUGACCAUGGAUCAAGGAUUUGAACUCAUUGAUGCGGCUGUUACCAAGCUCAAACGGAUUCUUGAAGGAAAGCCUGAACCAGCCUUUGGGUCUCACGAAUAUAUUGAAAACUACACUAUAGUUUACAAUAUGUGCACCCAGAAACCACCUGACGAUUUGUCUCAACAGCUUUAUGAUAAGUAUGGUGGCAUCUUUGAAGAUUACGACAAGCAUACGAUGCUGCCCUCUAUCAUGGAGAAGCAUGAUGAAUACAUGCUAAGAGAGCUUUCUCGGAUGUGGGAUAUUAAUAAGAUUAUGGUUAGGUGGCUAUCUCACUUCUUCUUCUAUCUUGACCGUUACUUCAUUACACGGAGAAGCCUUCCAAGCCUAACUGAAGUUGGCAUGACUUGUUUCCGCGACCAUGUUUACAAUAACGUUCACUUCAAUGUCAAACAAGUUAUUAUAGCAUUGAUUCAUAAAGAGCGAGAAGGCCAACAGGUUGAUAGCGCACUACUGAAGAACAUAUUAGAUCUCUUUGUUCAGAGUGGGAAGGGAAGUAUGGAGAGAUAUGAAGACGAUUUUGAGAAGUUCUUUCUCCAAGAAACAGCUUCUUACUAUUCCCGCAGAUCCUCAAGCUGGAUCCUAGAGGAUUCUUGCCCUGAAUACAUGAUAAAGUCUGAGGAGUCUUUAAAGAAGGAGAAGGAGAGAGUCACUCACUACCUUCAUUCAACCACCGAGCCUAAAUUAGUUGAGGUUGUUCAAACCCGUUUAUUGGUUUUGGUUGCAAAACAGCUUCUAGAAAAGGAGAGCUCAGGUUGCAGUGCACUGCUAAGAGAUGACAAGAUUGAUGAUCUCUCUAGGAUGUACAGGCUCUACCAUGAAAUCCCCAAAGGUUUGGAACCUGUUGCGAAAGCAUUUAGGCUUCAUGUUACUUCAGAAGGUAACGGUCUUAUCAAACAAGCUGAAGACGCAGCUACUAGUGGUAGCGUGGAGGAACAGGUGCUUGUCAGAAAGAUAAUUGACUUGCACGAUAAGUACAUGGCCUAUGUCAUGGACUGUUUUCAGAACCACACACUCUUCCAUAAGGCGUUGAAAGAAGCCUUUGAAAUCUUUUGUAACAAGAAAGUGGCUGGAAGCUCAAGUGCAGAGUUACUUGCAACGUUUUGUGAUAAUCUUUUCAAGAAGGCAGGGAAUGAUAAAUCGAAUGAUGACUCUACUAUUGAGUCUACCAUUGACAAUGUUGUUAAGUUGCUUGACUACAUAAGUGACAAGGAUCUUUUCGCCGAGUUCUAUAGGAAGAAGCAAGCACGUAGGCUAUUAUUCGGAAAGUUUAAUGACGAGCAUGAAAGAAGUAUACUAACAAAGCUCAAAGGACAAUUUGGCGGGCAGUUUACUUCAAAGAUGGAGGGAAUGGUGACGGAUAUGCAAUUGGCAAAAGACCAGCAAACUGGCUUCGAGGAACAUAUUAAAAAUGGCAAUACUGGUAAACCAAAAGGUGUUGAUUUCACGGUCAAUGUUCUGACCACUGGUUUUUGGCCUAGUUACAAGACUUCAGACCUCAAUCUACCACUCGAAAUGGUCAACUGUAUUGAGAGUUUCAAGGCUUAUUAUGAAACCAAAACCAAGCACAGGAGACUUAUGUGGAUUUAUUCUCUGGGAAUUUGUCAUCUUAAUGGAAGAUUUGAUCCUAAACCAAUCGAGUUGAUUGUUUCUACCUACCAGGCUGCUGUGCUUUGUGCUUUCAACAACACAGAAAGAUUAACCUACCAGGAGCUCUUUGAACAACUAAACCUUAGCCAUGAAGAUCUUGUAAGGGUGCUUCAUUCACUCUCAUGCGCAAAGUACAAGUUUCUUAAAAAGGAACCAGCCUCAAAGACCAUCUCUAAAACCGAUUCUUUCGAAUUCAACUCCAAGUUCACCGAUAAAAUGCGGAGAAUCAAGGUGCCUCUUCCUCCCGUGGAUGAUCGCAAGAAAGUAGUUGAAGAUGUUGAUAAAGAUAGACGCUAUGCGAUUGAUGCUUCUCUUGUGCGGAUCAUGAAGAGCCGGAAAGUGUUACCGCAUCAACAGUUAGUCUCUGAAUGUGUUGAGCAGCUUAGCCGAAUGUUCAAGCCGGAUAUAAAGAUGAUCAAGAAACGUAUUGAGGAUUUGAUCAGCAGAGAUUACUUGGAGAGGGAUAUUGAAAAUCCCAACACUUUCAAGUAUGUCGCAUAGUCAAAGAGUUACAUACCGAGAGCAAAGAAAAAUGUUGUUUAGUUUUCGUCUAUAAUAUAUUUGUCUUUGGUUUUUUUUCUUCAGAAAUAUUUGAUAAUAUUUUCUUUGGCAAAAUCUCAUAAAAAACAUGAAAUUGUCAUCUAUUGACAUUUUAAACCUUCAAUUUUUUUUUUACUAACAUACCAUAAAAAACAUUCAAUCUAUUUUAUUUGUUCAUCAAGUAAAAAGUUGAUAUGUUGUACAAGUAAAAAUGAUAAGCUGAGGUUUUUCCAAAAAGAAUUUAUUUAAUUAAUAAAAUAAAGAACAUUAGAUAAAAAUUCAAAAAUUAAAAAAAAAAACAAAAAAAGUAUAUAAAAAUUAGAAAACUAAAUAAAAAUUCAUAAAUUAAAUAAAACUCAGAAAAUAAAUCAAAUUAAACUAAAAACAUAAGUAAUCUUUUAAUUUUUAAAAAAAGAUAUUUCGAUUUUUUUUUUAAUUU